AUAUCUGACAAAUAAUUAUCAAAGACAUUCGUAAGCUAUCAUGCUAGGUGUGAAGGUGGUAGUGGAGUGUUGCGGGUUUCAUAAAUAAAGAACAUUUUGAGAAAACAUUAAAAUUCAUGUUAUAUGUAAUUCAAAUCAAAUUAAAUUAAAUUUAAAAGUACAAAGAUAUAUAUGUCAGUUAUGGUGAAUGUGAUAUGUUGAAAUUAUUUUCUUUUGUUUGUCAAAAUUUGUACAGAACUGACGCCGCAAAUAUCACCAUUCCUAGAAACUAACUGUUAACUGUUAAUUUUUUUUAAAGUGAAUUAAUCAUGUUUGUGCGCGAUCCGUGCGGCAUUGUAUGCCUUAUUAUUACCUACGGUGCGGUUUUCUAUGCGGACUAUGUUGUAAUGCGAUGGAUUAUUAUGCAGACAAUGCAGGCCAGUAUAUGGGCGCCAUUGCAUGUUGUGCUAUUCAACACAGUCGUUUUCCUGUUGAGUAUGUCACACCUCAAGGCAGUUCUUUCGGACCCUGGCACAGUACCAUUGCCUGCAAAUCGCUUAGACUUCUCGGACCUGCAUACUACUGGUAAAAAUAAUGGUGCAAAUGGACAUAAUGAAUGGACUGUAUGCACACGUUGUGAAACCUAUAGACCACCACGUGCGCAUCAUUGCAGGAUUUGCAAAAGGUGCAUACGACGCAUGGAUCAUCAUUGUCCAUGGAUAAAUAAUUGUGUGGGUGAGCGCAACCAGAAAUUCUUUCUGCAAUUUCUAGUUUAUGUUGGUCUCUUAUCAUUGUACUCGGCGGCGCUCGUUGUCGGGUCCUGGAUAUAUCCUUGUGAGGAAUGUAACGCAAAUGUGAUUGAAUCCCAAACAAGAAUGUAAGUAUGUCGAAUAACUGUUUUA